UGACUUUCAGCCAAAGGGGGGGGGGAGGAAAACGAGAAGAGGAAGAGAGCUGGGAGUGUUUUUUUUCGGUUGCUUUUGUUUAGAGCAAGUCUAGAGAAAGUCACAACAUUUUGAAAGCUGAGUUGCGAAUUCCGGGUGGCACGGAUUUGCCCUGCCAACGUGCGAAACUCUUGAACUCUCAUCCCAACGGCUUUCGGAGCUGGGCCUCGCGUUGCAGCCGCGGCAGAACCAGUGAGGUCGGGUCGACUUGCUGCUCGAUCUUUGGCGAGACACGACGCGGGAGGAGCAACGAGAGAUGUUUUGGAUGAGGAGAGAGAGUGGGGUAGGAGUGAAUUAGUAGCAAAGCCAGCCGAACCGUAUUCAUUUUUUCUCUCCCUAUCUACAAUCGGCCAGCUAGAAAGUGCUUAUUUUAAAUAGUGUCCCGAUAAUUGUGUGUUUUUUUGGUAAUUGAUAGAAAUCGGAUGGAAUCCAUUUAAGCGCGCUCAGCGGAUGCAGUCCUAUUUAGAUGCCUUGUAAGAACUGCCAGUGGGGAGUCGUGAUUACGAACCAGACGGCUAACAACAGUGGUGAGUGCUAUCUGGACCAUCCCUGGCAUCCCACUCACCCUUCACCAACCCGCAGUUACCAAAGCACUCAACGCACAUCAAUAACCAGUCGGGUGAAGUAUGGUCAAUCUAUCAAGCCGCCGUGGAUUGGCACAGGGCUGUAAAUGAUUAAUAAACGACACUAUGAGACCUCCUUUACCAGUGGCAAAAUAUAGUAAUAGGUUUUUACCCUUUCAACUGGUACAAAAACUCACACCUUUUACAAGGCAUCAUGUUUGCAAUAACCACAACACAAGCAGUCAAUAUGCAUAAAAAGAAACAACUCUGAUAAUGAUAAUGAUAUGCACUGUCCUUGAAGUUGAUUGGUCCACACCCGAGACAGCUUUUCUUAGAGCCUAGUCUCCAUUGGUGUUGGACCAGACGACGCCAGUUGAAAGGGUAAAAACUCAUUACUACGAUUAAUAAACGAUUCUAGCUCCAGGUGUCCAUGCACAGAAGUGAGGUUGACUGUGGCAUCGCAGGACCGUGAGACGUAUGGCAACGGCAUAGGGGAGCUUUCAUCCAACAGUGGAUAGAAAAUGUCUCAUGAUGAUAAUGAGGCAGAUCAUGAUGAUGAUGAAGCCGCGUUGUCCCGUAAUUGUCUUUAUCAGUUUUAUUUGAUCCACCGCCGUCUGGGAGUUAUUCGCGUUAUAUUCACGUCCGCUAUGCUCGGGGUCACUCUCGCUAACUGCUCUUGAGGCGCAACCCGCUGAGAAUUAAGCGGGCUUAUGAACCGCGGUAAUCCAUUCCGGCGCGCGCUUUCACCAAAUUGGAAGGCGCCUUUUCAUUAAGGCACUGGAGGGUGAGUUGGUGGGGGGUGGGUGACUAUGCCGCAAAUUGCCGCUCGGCCCCCGGCGAAAGACCCGGCUAUAAUUAUUAACAUUUCGAAAAAAAAAAUACGACACUGCUCUGCCAAGGCAUAAUCGUCAGCACACCGCGCUUGCAGUCCGAGCAACUCCGGUUUCGGGUCGCCGUCCAGGCAUGGCAGUUGAAGCAACGGGAAGGUUUACCGAUCAUCCCCCACGCCCUCUGUCCACCGAGCAGCAAUACAGAUCUGUACGACGCAGCUAGGUCAGUCGACCGGCAGGCCGCGCGUGGUGCGGUCAUUUGUGGGUGCUUCCUCCUCCUCCAAGCCGUCUGGCCAGCGUGGAAGAGUAGGCCAAACACCCCGCUAGAGGUGCUCGCUGAAGCUGCAUUUAGUGGAAGCCCUUUCACCGGCAUUGUCGUGCGAGCAAACGAUUGCAGAGCUUCACCUUUCAAUAUUCAAUGGGCGAAUUCUACAGCCAGUGCGGAGACACACUUACUGGGGUUCUGCAUGCUUGUGUGUGCUGUCAACAUGAACGCAAGUGCGCCGAGGCACGGGCUGUUAACCUCUGCCGCACGCAAGCGAGCGGUUAUAGCCGUGAUCGCUCAUCCCUGGUGGUAAUUUCCCAAUGGGAGCACAAAUGCUCAUCGGGCUCGGUGACGGAAUCAUUCGCCGCACGCGGUUUUUUUAUGACUCCGAGAUCGCUCGGCAAGAAAGAGACGAGAGAGCGAGAGAGUGAGUUAGUGAGCGAGCGAGUGAGAGGGCGAGUGAGUGAGUGAGAGUGAGUGAGUGAGAGAGCGAGUGAGUGAGUGAGUGAGCGGGCUGAGUGAGCAUUUUUUUUUAAACAAAGCGUUUUUAUUCCACAAUUGUAUUCGCGUUGCGCUAUUGGCGUGAGAGCGAAUGUGUCCAUUCCGAUCUCGACGUGGCGCGGUAUCGGAGAACAGACCCGAGAAGGAGAUAUUGCGAAACUACUUCUGACAUUCCUUCAAGUGGCCCUUUUAUUUUAGCCACACACGAUGUUCGAGGAGCACUAUCUCAUAUGCCCUGCUGCAGAGGAAAAGUUUUGCCAAGUCGUCGUGAAAAUUAAUUUAGUUUUUAAUUCUCGGAGCCGGAACUUCACCAAUUUCACUUGAUGCGUUUUCCAGGUUGUACCACCCAUGGCUUGGCACGGUGUCCGACGUUUCGCUCCACGUAUAGUGAGCUCAACGGAAGACCAGCUCACUCUGUUUAUGCAAAAAGAGUUGUCCGCUGCUGCUGAUACAUUUCACGUUCCUACCAUUCUCAUAGUGCAAGAAUGCCGCGAUGGUGCUAUCGCCGAGGCUGACUGAGAAAAAUGUGCGGGACUGGACUACAUUAUGGAAGUGGUGGAAACCCUGGCAGGGUCUUGUCCAGCAGUGGAUUGACAAAGAGAGGCCUGUUAUACUUACAUGUGGAAAACAUAUUUCCAACUCUGGUGGCACCUGGCAAAGUAAAAGGGUCAUAGUAUUCAUAUGUAGGCUGGUAAAUACCGUACCCAAGCCAAAAAGCAGUUGGGGCGUUGGUGGCUCAGGAUUUAUUCAGCAGUUCUCAACAGACCGAAGUUUCUGCAGCUGGCUUCGGCCGAAAUGCAGUUGCGGUAAUAUGGGCUGGUCAGAUCGCAGGGUGAAUUGAACGCUUUUUAAAUCCUUUAUAUUAAGUUCACUUGCUUGCUUGCUUGCGCGCUUACGACCGUAAAAAUAUUUCGGUCGUUUUUUAACCCACUUCCCGUGAUCCAAUCUGAAAUGUCGCGAGGGAACGGGCACAACUGCCCCCCCCCAUACUCCUCCUCCUCUCCGCCCUCCCCCUCUGAGUGCACUUCUGAGUACUGCGCGCACACACAAUGCAGAAGUACGCGGUACGUACAAAAGGCAGGAGAGUGGAGAUGCAGCGGUGCCAGUGCUGCCAGCGGCGUUCAAGCCGUGGCGAAUCUUCGCCGCCCUUCUUGGCGAGCACACUCCAGCGGCGUGCGGCGCUUUCACCGUGCACGUUACCAUGGUGAUAGCCUGGGCCCACUGGGCGGCCAUCUUCCUGGCACUGGUGCUGCCGUCCUCGAGAGUGCUGGGGGCCCCUUCGGCAGAGGACGGAGCUGGAGGAAGGAGCAAGGGCGCAGAGAGAAAGGGGGGCGCGGGGGUGCGCGGAGGCAAGGGGGUGCGUCAGGUUGAGGAUGCAUGUGUGAGAUGCUGCGACUCCCCGAGGUGGCCGCCUCGCCACGGUGACAGCCUCCAUCAAACCACGACAACAGCAGCACCGCAGAUCGAGAUCUCCAUCCUCAAAGGCGACCGGGGCGCCCGCGGGGACCACGGCCCGCCGGGAUACCUGGGCAAGGACGGCGCGAUGGGCACGCGCGGGCCCUCGGGCCCCAGGGGCCCGCACGGCUCACCGGGCUCGCCCGGCGCCGACUGCAAGGUCUUCACGUCGGCCUUCUCGGUGGCCCGGCGCACGGCCCUGCAUUCGGGCGACUAUUUCUCGGUGCUGUCCUUCGACACGGAGUUCGCCAACCCGGACGGCCACUUCAACAUGUUCACCAGCAAGUUCUUCUGCGUCGUGCCGGGCCUCUACUUCGUGAGCUUCAACGUGCACACGUGGAACUCGAAGGAGACCUACGUGCACCUGAUGCUCAACGAGCGGCCGCAGGUGGUGCUCUACGCGCAGCAGAGCGACCGCAGCAUCAUGCAGAGCCAGAGCGUCACGCUGGAGCUCGCCGAGGGCGACGAGCUCUGGCUGCGACUCUACAAGCGCGAGCGUGAAAACGCCGUCUACAGCGACAGCACAGACACCUACGUCACCUUCAACGGAUACCUGGUGCACCCCAUAGUGGAGUGAGCUGGCUGGAGGGCGCGCGGGCGGGCGGGCGAGCGAGCGAGAGAGGGAAGGAGUUGUGUGAGUUCGGUGCGAUGAGGUGUUUGAGUGAGCAGGCGAGCAAGUUUAAGGGAGCGAGUGAGAGAGGAUCGGCUGAGGGAGCGAAUGUGAGCGAGUGAGUGAGUGCGGCGAGUGAGAUGAUUGAGUGAAUGAGAGAAUGAGUGAGGGGAUUGAGUGAGGGAGCGAGUGACAGUGCCGGACACCUUCGUCACCAUCAAUGGACACCUGGGUUGCACACGGACGGCGUGAGGGAGUGAGCGAGUGAGUCGGUGAGUGAGAGGAGCGAGAUAAUUGAGCGAGCCACGCCAGUGAGGAUGGAGUGCUCGGCCCAGAUGCACCGUGAGCCAGAUCGUCGGGGUGACGCGCCGCGCCAUCCACCAUGCGUGCGAAGUGUGCAGAAAUUCGUGAAAUUCCCGAAACUGUUGGGAUGCGAGGUUGGCCGGAAGCUGGCAGCACAUCAGCUAUGCUGCCAUCUCACUCGCGGCUCAAGCGGGAAGAUGCAACUCGGAUUGCGAGUGACUGUGCCAUCGUCCAUGCUAAACAUACGGCGUGUUUGUGAAGCCAUCUGUGCGGACCCUGAUGUGUCGUCCUCUCGUACGCGCGCGUGUGUGUGUGUGUGGAGUUUCGUUACUCUGGUAUACUAGCACAGCGUAGCAAACCACUCAAUUCAGUUCCUGAAGAAGCUCGCAGCAUGUGGAUGCGAAACGUUGGACACCCGCUGAACAACACGCGGUGCAACUCGAAAUCACAUCCGAGAGUUGUAUGUUACAACCACGAACAGCCACGCAUCCUUGUCACCCAGGGAUGUCGGAAUUGUCACCCGCAGAGGUGGGCCAUGAACGGGCGUGUAGCACUUCCUUUUGGGCAAAGCCAUAGGCCAACGGUGGCAUAAUUCUUGCAUAUGAUGUCAGAGGGUCUUUAAAGUGCAGUUCGCAACAGUCAGCAGACAUGUUUUGGCAAUUCUUUGAAUAAAUUACCCGAUGGCAGAGGAAACUGAACCGCUCACUCACUCUGAGUGGUGUGCAUAGCGAUCUAUAAGCUAUCCUGCGAAGAUUACGAAAACCCCAUCCUGUGCUGUGCUUUUCUUUCACGUGACAUUAUCGUGUUAUAUUAACUGUCCUUCAUAUUGAAAAAGCGCGUGCACGCGGGCGCGCGUGAGGACGGGGAGCGGCAGCGUGGUGGAGUUGCGCGCUGCGCUCUGAACCCGGCGAGCCGAUGUUGAUUCCCGGCCACGGUAAACAUCGGAGUGGCAGGUGAAAUUUCACCCCGGUCAUCGGUCUCCUCCGGGUUCAUUGGACCUCACAUAAGCACCUGGGGGGUGUGGUGUCAAAACAUCAGCAUUGGAGAAAUAAAUGUGGUCGGGCGUGGUGCUGGACACAUCGCCCUGACAUGCGCCUUGCAUGCGGCCUUAAUAGGUGCUCGCUUACAGCACUUGCCCCAACAAACUAUAUUAAAGUGUAUCUGGGAAAUAUUUGUCUUCGGUGUUUUUGCUAUGGCGUGUGCAUCCCACUGGCUCGCCCCCCACUGGACAUCUGUGAAAAAGAGCUUCAUAGCUUGUCAGAUUUCUCCAGGAUAAAUAAAGAGCCUGAUUCUGCAUCCCAUAGGGCACGUCACAUUACGAAUACGAUUUCAGUGUCGGCGUGCCCAACGAACACUUAUUUCCUCUUCGUCAUCUGACAAGUUGUUUUUAUGAAUUCCACAAUUGAUGAGUUUUGUCAAAAUGAGGGGGAUGUGCGGCGGAGCAGCGAUGUUUAAUAAAGAAACUCAGCGCAGAAUGCCACUAAAACUGGGUGGUCCUGUCGACGUUUGUAAGAGACGCGUGUCGGCAGAAUGUCAAUGGCACACGGAGAAAGCGUGAGUCACGGCAUCCAGCAAAUAUCACCGCGGUGUUCAUUUGUUUCGUCUUGAGACUCGACGCGCGAGCGCGGUAUAUGAGGGCAUUAGUCAGUUGAUGCAUAUAUCCAGAAUAUGCGCCGUACACACCCAGCAAUUGAUGAAGCAACACCCACAGAGCCAGCCUAAGGUACCUUUGAUGAUUUUUCUGCGCCAAAAUAGCGAUUAUAUUUCUAAAAACAAAUGAAUACCCAGAAACACCUCACCGAGUCUCAAGGCUCUUUGUCAGCGGGAGGGAGGCGAUGUUUCUGCUGCCGUGUCGAAUCCCAAUUGAGUCAUUUUCAGGUCAGUUAUAAGCAUUGGGAUGUUGGCAGUCACCAGGUAAAGCUGUAGGAAGAAACCCAUGUCAAAUAGGAGUAAAACGUACAAACGCCACACAUAAAGGCACCCGAGUCGGGAAGCGAUCCCAGGUUCUUCUUGCUGCGAGGCACGAGUGUUUCCACUGCACUGGCCCUGCCACCAAAUUGCCCGAGGCUCACUCAGCGUUAGAAUUCGGAGGGUUCAAUAUUAACGUGUAACCAGCUUUGCAAGACAAUUGUAUGCAAACCAGGAAAGAGGGUUUCUUUAAUCUCCAGAUGAAAUUCAUUUUAAACUCGCCAGCUACGUAAGCCUCGAUUUCCCGUCUAAAUAUUUUCCAGUCGCAUUGAUUCAAGCAACAACAACAACCUCGGACUGGGCUUUUCUUCAAGCAAUCCUCACCAGCACGAUGUGCGGCCUUCUCGUGGAUGAACAGGGUCUAUCGAUCUUCUUGGUUCUUUCGGUAAAGUCACGUAGA